AUGGAGGCACUCAAAAUGUGCAGGUAUAAGCAUCACCUGGAAUCCUGUUUCGAGCCCAAGUUAGAGGGAUGUACCACUAACAUUGUGUAUCUGUCAACCAUCGCCCCAACUGAAGGCACAUUACAGUUUAUGUGCGCCGGUGAUAUUGAAGCUUAUAUAUCACACGACAACUGCUGGUCACUAUCAGAAGUACAAAAUCAGACAUCUAAAUGUUAUUUACAGUAUAUUUCAAGCAUUCAAGAAACCCUGACUUCGCCAACUCUGUUAUCUGACCCCAAACAUAUUGUUGGUAAACAGUUUUGCAGUAUUGUAGGGCGGAGCCGAGAGUGUAUGCAUGGUGCCACCAAACAGAACUGUUCUGACGCGGCGGCAAACACAGUGUACAGGUUAAUGGAGAGAGUAUUCAAGGAGAUGACAUCGUUCUUUAGUUGUCCGUACAACAAAAACGUCGCCGACAAAGGUAGAAAGCGCGUCUACCAGGUUUACUGA